AUGUCUCGUGUCCCGUUCCCGUUUGAAAACCUGCCCCAAUUGUCACAAUCCAAAAUAUUCAGUCACUUUACGCCAAUCGAUAUGUAAGUUCAAGUUUUGUUUGCAGAUUUUUGAAUGCAAAUCAAUUUUUUGCAGUUUCGAUUACUCGUUGUGCUCGUCGAAAGCGAAAAAAUGCGCGACGAUGGCGACUCCGAAACUCGGCAAAUUCUCGAUUGUUUUCGGCUACGAGUCGUGCAAAAUCAUUGUGCAAUUCCAAAUGCGAUCCGACGAAUUCCAGUUCAUUUCGCUCGACAAACGCGGAAUUCGAGAGCCCCGUUUCAUGAGCCGCGCCACGAUUAACGGACACGAAGUGUACUUGCAAAAGAUUGGAAAAUACUUGGAGAUCUACUGGGACGAUCGAUUUGUCGGACACAAAAUGCUCGCCGACUAUUUGAGCACGAUUUUCAAGCGGAAAUACGAUGAAUUGAGCGUGGAGACCGUCGACGGAGCACUUGUCAAUUUAUGGCUGUCCGAUGGUGUUCCGCCGACGCUCAAGAAACUGGACGUUCGAUUUCUGAGCGACGAUAUCGUGAAGAGAAUGCUGAAUUCGUAUAAAGUCACUGAUGUGCUCGCAAUUUCGAGAAUCGAUCGGCAAUGGAAUUGUGACUAUUACCCGAAAAGUCUUCGAAUCGACAUGGUCGAAACGUCCGACUUGAACCUCGUCUACAAAAUGAGUUCUCCUCAAAUCACCGUCGAAUCGUGUCUAUUCACGGAACAGCAUCUCAACGUUUUCCUCAAACUUUGGAAGAACAACGACCUGCCCAAUUUGCAACAUUUCCGACUGAAUCAGGAAGAAUUCGGUGCUGAGGGCGAAUAUAGUUUGAGUGCGAUUUUCGACGGAUUCAAAUAUGUCGAACAUUCGCAGAUGACGAGGCGCAGAAUUGUUGUGUACGUUUUUCAAAACGAUUUAGAAGUGCUUUAACAGUUUCAAUUGCAGGGAUUCGAGAAAGCCGAGGACGAUUGAACGGCGCGGAGGAUACGAAAUCGAACGAGCCGAUGGCACGCAUGCAUCGAUUUUCUUCGAGGAUUUCAAUUUUCUUUUCUGGGCUCAUGCCCGACACGGUCUCCCAGGGCGCUCGUAA